CGCGGCGGGCGGGCGGGCAGCGGGCUCAGUCGGGCGGGUGGUGCGGCGCCGUGGCGGUGGGGCUCCUGCGCUCCGGCUCCUGGUUGUACCCUUGCCCGGGGCUUCUGCCGGUCCCUUAGGCCCUCUCCGUCCCUCGGUGUCGCCGCCGCAGCUCCGGCCGCUUGGACUCGCUCGCUGAUCGGAUGGCGGUUGUGGCGUCGGUGCUCGGGGCCCCGGGCCUGGGCCUACUGCUGCUGCUGGCCCUCGGCGCCGGCGCCAGCGCCGUGGAAGUGAAGCGGCCCCGCGGGGUCUCCCUGUGCAAUCGACACUUUUACGAGGAGAACAAACCAUUUACAUGCUUGGACGGCUCAAAAACUAUUCCAUUCCAUGAGGUGAACGAUGAUUACUGUGAUUGCAAGGAUGGCUCGGAUGAACCAGGAACAUCGGCCUGUCCAAAUGGCAGCUUCCACUGCACCAAUGCUGGCCACCGACCUCGGUACAUUCCCUCUUCCCGAGUGAAUGAUGGCAUUUGUGAUUGCUGUGAUACUACUGAUGAGUACAACAGUGGAGCUUUGUGUGUAAACACCUGCAAGGAGCAAGGACGCAAAGAAAGGGAAACCCUGCAGAAAAUGGCAGAAAUUGCGAAAGAAGGAUUUAAGCUGAAACAGCAGCUCAUUGAAGAAGCAAAGAAAAGCAGAGAAGAUAAACAGCAAAAGCUUGCCGAGCUGCAGAAGGAGAAGGUUACCUGGGAAGAACAGGUGGAUUCUCUUAAAACAGUGAAGGAAGCUGCAGAAAAGCCUGAACAGGAAGCUAAAGAAAAGCAUAAAAAGGCCUGGGACGAAGUCCAAGCUGCACGUAGGUUAGAGAAGAACAAAGCCAAGGCUGCUGAAACCUUUAAGGAACUAGAUGACAAUGAAGAUGGCUUUAUUACAGUGAAUGAAAUUCAGACUCAUACAGAGUUGGACAGCGAUGGGGAUGGUGUGGUUUCUGAGCAAGAAGCUGAGACUCUACUGGGAGGUGCCAAUCAGGUUGAUGUUACCAGCUUCCAGGAGGCUGUCUGGGCAGGUAUCCAGGACAAGUACAAGUCUGAGGCAGUAACCGAGGCCCCCAUUGCCCCAGAGAUUCCUGUGGAAGGUGGAGCAGACAGUAGUCCUAAACUGGACCAUGAAGAACAGAGGAAGAGUGACGACGAUGAGGAUUAUGGCGAAGACCAAGAUGAUGGUGUUGACGAUGAUGACAGUGACGAUGAUGAAGACGAAGAGGAGGAUGAUGAUGAUGUUGGGCAAGAUGAUUAUAAGAAUCGACAAAGCUAUUUACCAGAAAAGGAAGAACCGGAUGAAGAGAAGAUGCCAGCAUACGAUGAAGAAACACAAAUUCUGAUUGAUGUUGCUGAAAAAGCUCGAAAUGAAUUCUCCGAAGCAGAGAAAUCGUUGAAAGAGGUGGAGAGUUCGAUUGGGAGCCUCGAGAAGGAACUGAUGGUUGACCUUGGACCUGAUGGAGAAUUUGCCUACUUGUUCAAUCAGUGCUAUGAAAUGACAACUAAUGAGUAUGUCUACAAACUCUGUCCAUUCAACAAAGUGGCACAAAAACCAAAGCAUGGAGGUUCAGAAACUAGUCUUGGUGUGUGGGGUUCGUGGGCUGGACCAGAAGACAACAAAUAUAGUGUCAUGAAGUAUGAACAUGGUACAGGCUGCUGGCAGGGGCCAAACAGAUCCACCAUGGUUAAGCUUUCUUGUGGUAAAGAGACUGUUGUGCUGUCGACAUCGGAGCCCAGCCGGUGCGAAUACCUGAUGGAAUUUUCGACUCCAGCCUUUUGUCAAGAGGAAGUUCAAGAAGGUGGCUCAGACCACGAUGAACUGUGAGCUUUGGCAAUGGAUGUAACAGGUUGAUGGAUCCUCUGUGUGAAGAAGUGGAUGAGCGUGGAGGGGCUUGCCGCACUGCUAACCCAGCAGGCGCCUUCUCUGAUGGACUUGUUCUUUGUAUAGUUGAAGCCCUCCCAACGGGCAGUUUUCCCAAAAUAUUUCCUUUAUUCCCAGGGUAUUUGACCGUCCCAUGCUAUCCCGUCCCAUUCACAGAGCUAAUGUAAAUUUUACAAGUCUCUUGUUUUUAAUGUGGGUUUUGUCUCCUCAUUUCCUCUUCCCUUUAUUAUAUCCACAGAGUAUGGCGGCUCAGUCUGGCACCCAGUCCUGAGCAGCAUGCUACAGGCCUCUUUGAAAUUAAGUUGAAAUUUUCUGUGAUUUUUUAAAACUUAGAGGAGAAUAAUAAAUCAGUGGGCUGAUUGGGGCUGUGGUACGUUGGUUGGCCAGUGUUUCUAAGUCGCACAUCUUUUAUUUUCUUAAAAGAGGUCUUGUUCGGCUCUGGACUUGGUUGUAGGCAUGCUGCAGAUUUUUGAUUGAGGAACUUCCUUUCCCAUGGGUUCUUUCUUCCUUCCCCAUUCCCACUCCUCUCUCAAGAAGCAGCUUCUACUGUGUUAACAUUGGAAGUAUCCUAAAUGUGAAAGUACCAAAAUAGCCAACUGUUGUCUGUGCUGAGUUUCUAAUUUGUUUAACUUUCCUCGUUCCCCUCCCAGCACCACCACCACCUAGUCUUUUUCUCCUUUUAACAAGUGCUUGAAACCUUAGUGUUCUCCCUCGAUGGGAGGCCAAGGCAGUUAAUGUGACGGGUUUUUCUAACAGGUGUUUCUCACUACUCAGCUGGCUGGAUUCAGGCAGAGUGAAACAGGUUUUCUAGGGGCCUUUAUUUUACUUCCACGAGGGACAGAUGUGUUUUCUUUUUGCCUCUGCUGUAAUAUCAGCGGGAAACCAGUAAGUGUGUAUUACUUGAAUGUGUGAUAAGCAGGUGAUUCUGUUGUGCAGCAGUUAGAGCUACGGUUUUACAGCCUUGCUGGCUUUGGUUUUGUUGACGUGCUGCUCACACCUGCUUCUCGCAUGACUUGCUGCCCCUCUUCCCUCCCCACCAGUAUCAAGGCAAAUAUGAUUCAAACAGGCCCUGUUUAGUUGCAUCUUCAAUGCACUUGAGUCAAACCCAAUUUUAGUGUGAACCUUUGGUGUCUGUGACCAAGCAAUCGUGUCUUAAAAAAAAUAUUGAGUAGGAUCAUUGUAUUUUUCUUAUCUGACCGUAAACCAUCUUUCCAGAGGUGACCAAACAUUGCCCAGUUGUUGUCCCUUCAGCGGUUGACUGCCCUGUCAGCUGGUUACAAUCACAUGCUGCCAUGGUCAAGUAAAAUUGUAUUAAAUGAAUAUCUUAAUGGUGACAAAAGAAAAUAAACUGGUGGCUGGAGCUGGAA